AUGGACCUCGAAAAGCAGUCCUCCGAGGAUCGCGAUCGGUCGCACCGAGCUACCAGCGUACUGUCUAUGGACGACCUCGAGGCUGCCCAAGCCUUAGAAGGCCUUCGCGCCGACUUUGGCAACUCUCACUCACCCAGAGUUCCCCGACAACCUCUUCCCACAUCUCCCGACCCUCCAUCAGCCGAACCGCUUCUUUCUCUCCUCACUUCCUCUCACCCUCUCAUCUCCUCCGCCAUCAACGGGUCUGUAUCGGCCUACACCUCCUCCAAGUCCUAUUCCGCGCGAUUCAAGUCCAGCGCCGAGUUUAUCGAGCGCAACAUUGGUUCUCCCGUCGCAAAUACUGUUGGAACUGUUGGUCGAAAGACUGGUGUAGAAAGUGGUUUGCGCUGGGCGCUACAACGACGGGAUUCUGGAAACGAGUCCAACCACACCAGCAAGCGGCGCAAAGUGAAUGGCGAAGCCGCGCCGACAACCAUGGAUAUAGAAAAGGGACUGGACGAAGUGGAGAUUCAGUCGCGGACGCGAAGCUCCUCCGAUAUCUCCAUGGCUGAUACCCUUCCGCCCUACGACGAGAUGAAAUCUCCCCGCUACGAAGAGAAAUCCGGACGGCAGAACCCCACCUGGCAGAGUCGGCUGGUCAUUUCGACUUCUGGCCUGGGUGUGGCAAUGAGUGAGGAAUCCCUCCGCAGCUUGCAGUAUUGCUUGACAUGGCUUCGCUGGGCGAACGGUCGACUCGGUCGCUCUAUCGUCGCUCUUCAGAAUGCGAUGACGGAGUGGGAGGCUCAUAAGGCAAGGUUGAAGGAGGAGGCUGAUGCUGGCCGUGCCAAUAGCCCCGAGAACACUUCUCUCCUCAAGCAGCGCAUCCAGGCCGUCAGGGAAGACGUUCUUUCAACCCUCAAGCAAGUAGUGGAUGUUGUCUCCAAGUAUGCCGGAGGUGCUCUGCCUGAGAAUGCGCGACACCUCGUCCGACGACACCUGACCUCUCUGCCUCGCCGAUUCCAGAUGGCCAGCACAUCGCAGCCCCCGGCUGACUCGCCAGCCGCCUCGUCCGAAGCCACUGUUGGUGCUCAUCGCAUUUUGGUAUUGGCAAACGAAGGACUUGAUAUUCUAGGCCAAGUCAGCGGUGUAGUCAACGAUACACUCGUCAGUGCUGAGCACUGGUGUGAUCGUCUUGGACGGAAACGACCUGAACAUAAACCCGCACCGGAUGUGGAAAACCAGAGCCAGGCUCCCACCCCAAACUCUCAACAAUAUGGGAUGGACAUUAAACAGCCCAUCAUCUCCGAGGCUGUUCCCCAAAACGAUGUACCGAUCAGUGGAACCGAGAAGAUGUAA